GUGUUUUAUUGUCAUUUUUCCUUAUGAAUUUUGAAAGCAUAUCAUCAUUCUGAGCUUAAAAACUAUACAGUACAAUAAAAACAAGAACAAUAAGAAAAUGGAAGCUUCUUGCGAUAAUUUGUUGUGGCAAGGUAAUGUAAACACAAUUAGCAAGCCAAAUUUUAAAAUAUACUAUGGACUAAUGCGCAAAGCCGCGAUCAUUGCUUCUAUCCAGCAAAGAAGUUGGUUUACAAAAAGUAAGAUUGCUGAAAAUGUAAAGAAAGAUGAGUUCAUUUACUGGCAGAAUCACUAUGCCUUGGACGAUGUAAUCGAAGAUUCUCAAUGUGUAGAGGAUUUUUCUAAUGGGAGUAUAGAUAUUACAGAAAUUUGGGCUAAGGAAUCCACAGAAGAAAAUUUCAGAGCCUCUACUUUGACCCUCCAUCAGGAAAAAAUCCACCAAGACAACGAAUAUUCUAAUAAGUUCAGAGAGCAUGGCAAGUCCCCUAAACCAAAAUCCAGUUUACAUAAGGCUUUCCAUACCUAUGAACCUGAGGUGCUUCCCCAUAUGGCAAUUGUUCUCCCAAGACCCCGACAAGGACGCAGAGUAUCGACCGAUCUAACUGAGUAUAACUUGCCGAAGCAGCAGUACUUUCCCUCCCAGAACGAUAAUUUGUGUCUUGAACAGGUCAGGUGUAAAAAACAAAUGCCAGAUCAGUUUCAAAAGUUACUCGAUAUAAUGGAAAGCCUACAAAGCUUUGAUUCGGAGUCCCAGUUACCUACAAGCUCUAUAAAGCCCAAACACAAGGCCUAUGGUAUUUUUCCAAUUUUGCUAUUCGUAAUAGUUACCAUACUCAUUUUUUAUUUUAUUUGGACUAUUUCACUUCCUGGCGAGAUCCUUGUAACCUUUUCAGGAAUGUAUAUGCUCCUAUUUUCUUAUAUAUAUUCCUUAGUCAAUUAGUAAAGCCAUUAUAAACUUAUAAACAUA